UUUUUUGCAAAGGGCAGAAAAGGCAAGUAACACCGCAAAAGAAUAGGAUUCUAAAUAAAAGGCGAAGCAUCGCUGUAUCUGCGUAUUUCUUACGAGAGCUAGAUGUCUAUACGACCGGUGCACAGUUACGUAUGCGUGCGUCUGUGAUUUGUACCUGUGGACAUGUGUGGAGAUAAUUCCAGAGGAGUGUAAUUUUUGAUCGGAAUGUGUGAAGCAACGAUCGUAAUCAUAGACAUGGGGUAAAUAUGCAGUAUAACACCUUCGAAUUUUGUACAUUUUUCAGAAUUUGUGUGUUUUAAUGCGUAAAAUACAUUCUGAGAACGAAAAUCGUCGCUCUUGUACCGUUUAUUUUUAAUUAAUUUUUAAACUUUUCUGACUAGGUAUGUCUACAAUCUUAAUGGCACUGCGAGAAACAACAUACGAUCGUGUCGCGACGCAGAGCAAGCUUGAAGCAAACGCCUUGUCAUAUUACGUAAUUUUAACCCUCCAAUUUGAAACGCCCAACGUACGAAUGGUCGACACAGAAAGAGAACGGAUGUUCAAGGAAUACAACGACAUUCUGGACGGCCUGAAGACGGCGUUCGUGGAAAAGUGGAAGGCGAAAAUGGACGACAACUCGAAGCUGGACGACUUCGAUCGUUUCCGAACCGUCGGCACCGGCGCCUUCGGCCGCGUCAUCCUCGUCAAGCACAAACAUACAUCCGCGUUCUACGCCAUGAAGAUCCUCGAUAAAGCGAAACUCGUCAAGACGAAACAAGUGGACCACACGCGUAAUGAAAAACGGAUCCUGCAGUCCAUCAACUUUCCCUUCAUGGUCUUCAUGGAGUUCUGCUUCAAGGACAAUUCGUACGUGUACAUGGUGCUGCCGUUCGCGCAGGGCGGCGAGAUGUUCACGCAUCUCAGGCGUAUGGGGAAGUUCGACGAGUCGCUGGCGAGGUUCUACGCCGCCCAAGUGGCCUUAGCCUUGGAGUACCUGCACCACUGUAGCCUGAUCUACCGGGACCUGAAGCCGGAGAACAUCCUGAUACAUAACUCGGGCUACAUCAGGAUGACCGAUUUCGGUUUCUGCAAGAUGGUGGACGGCCGCACGUGGACGUUGUGCGGCACCCCGGAAUAUCUGGCGCCGGAGGUGAUCCUGUCAAAGGGCUACGGCAAGGCCGUCGACUGGUGGAGCUUCGGCGUGCUCAUCUACGAGAUGAACGCGGGAUACCCGCCUUUCUACGCGCACGAUCCAAUGAAGAUCUACGAGAAGAUCGUCGCGGGCAAGUACAAGUUCGCGCAUCACUUCGGCGAGGAACUGAGGGACAUACUGAAGAACAUCUUGCAAGUGGAUCUGACGAGAAGAUACGGUAACUUGAAGGACGGUAGCAUGGACAUCAAGAGGCAUCGCUGGUUCCAGUCUAUCGACUGGAUCGAGAUUUAUUAUCAGAAAGUGCAGCCGAGCUUCAUUCCGCAUUGCAGUAACAGCGGCGAUGCCAGCAACUUUGAACAUUACGACGAAGUCCCGCUCGAGGUGUCCUCUUAUGAUCAGUACGGUAAGGAAUUCGCGCAUUUUUAAAAGCAAUACUGGCGAACCAAGGUAAAAAAAAUAAGGUAUAAGAUUGACUGCGAGAUGAUGAUUAUUAUAUUGCGUGUGUGAGAGUGUCUUUAAGUAUCGUCUAGUUAAAUCCGGAUUUUGAUUAAUUCACUAUGGCAAUAAUUAAUCAACUUCAAGCAUAUGAGAACAACAUGUAACAGCAUAUAAUAAUGUUGACAAAAAAAGGGAAAAACGAGAAGUACAUAGUCAACGAUGUGCGUUUUUAAAUUUAGAUAUCACAUAUAUUACCUCUUUUCACGUAAGCGUUCCGUACAUAAACACAAUUGAUUGCAUAGAGUGAUAUUUAACUGUAAGUUUGAAGCGAUGUCGUCUUGUAACAAGUAAAAAUGUUCUUUACUCUGACAAAAUUUCUGAUAAUAAUUUAAUUCUGUAUUCAUAUAACACAUCAAUUUGUUAUAUUACAUAUUAGAGGAUAGUCCGCCAUUAUGAGAUAGGCUUCUAAUGUAAGACAGCAGGUUUUCAUCAUCCAAAAUUCAGUUCUUACAUUACAAAUCUUUUUUCGCGACGAUCACACGAUCUAACAGUGAAUUUGCCACUAAACGAAUUUUACUUCAAGAGCAAUAAAUCCUACUAUUUCAAGAAACCCUGCUAUUUCAUAUUAUGGAACUUAUCUCAUAAUAGGGAGGGCCUUUCCUCUAUACAUUAGUGCACUACUGUCGAAUAGUUCAUGAGUA